AUGAUAAAUCCGAAAGUUUUCUUUAUUUGGAUUUACAAACAAGUAUCAAGUUAUAAUCUGUUCAUAUUAGAUCAACAUGAUUAUGAAAAUGACGAUACAAUCAAAGAUCCAGUUAUUAUACUUCGAAAGCAGAAGUAUAAAACUCGAUUGUAUAUUGUUCUUCUCGCAGUUUGUCUAUAUAUUCUGUUCUAUGGAAUAUGUAUUAAAAUGGAAUCCGAAACAAUUGUCAUAUCCAACGUUACACCUGAUAAUUUUGAUCAAUUGUAUAAUGAAUAUGAUCAAACACUUUCAUGCCCAUGUUCAACAAUUGCAAUAUCAUAUAAAAAUUUCGUUUCAAAUAAUAUCAUAAUGCAUCCUGUUUGUUCAAGUUACUUUGUUGAUAAGAAAUGGAUCGAAGGAUUAUAUUUUGCAAAUGCCAGUCGAUAUAACAUACAGGAUUUUCGAAAAGUUGCCUAUUCUCAGUUUGAACUUCUAUCACGAUUAUGUUCACUUUCUCAAAGUAUUAAGUCUCAAAUUCAAUCUGAUAUUGAUAAUACUGAACUUGUAUCGAUGAAUGUUCUUUCAAAAAAGCAAAUUCAAUUGGAAAUAGAUAAUACUAUUGAAUUUCAAAAGAAUAAUGCUUUCAAUCAAAUGAUAUCAUUCUUAAAUUAUUGGAGAACUACAAUUCAAAGAAAUUUUCUCAUUUCAGCCCUUGGUACAAACGCAGAAUUUUAUGCAAUUGAUCAAGGUCAUGGUCUUAUUAUAUUUGGCUAUCAAAUAUCAUAUAUCGUCUAUGACAAUGGAUCAUCUAUACAAUGUGGUCUUGACAAUCCAGUUAUUCAAGCGACUUUUUUUUCAAUAUCAAAUGAUUCAAUAGAUCUUGAAGAUUCAACAUUAAUGUCUAAUUAUACAAAUAUAAAUGGUUUCGUUGUUGGAUGUACACCUUUUGAUGCACUUCUUCAAAGUACAUUGGAAUGUUUAUAUGAAUUUGAAUGUAUUCAACUAUUAUUCAAUUAUUUUCCAAAUCUUAAUCAAACAAACUUCAAUUGGAAUACUUCAAUUUUAUCUUCUGGAAAUAAUAAUAAUUCAAUAUUAUUUCAUUUUCAAAAUCUUUUUAUUGAAAAUUGGUUAUCAAAUGUAAAUUAUUCUUCAUAUUUUGCUCAAUGUUCUUCAUCAAUGUGUACAUAUACAACAAUAAAUCGUCGAAAUCUAUCAUAUGCAAUUACAGUUCUUAUUAGUCUUUACGGUGGUCUUAUUAUCAUACUUCGCUUAAUAGUCUCAUAUUUUAUUGAUCUUUUAUUUAAAUAUAAAAAUCAUUCAGAAAAUCAGAAUACACAAACAAUGAAACCAUUUCAAUUUAUUAAACAAUUGAAUUUAUUUAAAAAUAUUAAUGAAAGAAGUGAAACUAAUAUUAAACAACAAAGAAUUAUAACUCGUGUCUAUUUAAUUUUAUUAAUAGGAUCAAUCAUUACUCUUUGUUUAUUCAAUUCAUUGAAUACUGAAAUAACGAUAAUAUCUAUUUCAAAUCCAUCAUUAACAUCAUAUAAUUUAUUGGAAAGUAAAUAUUCUACUACACUUCAAUGUCCAUGUGGAAAUCAAACAAUACCUUAUAAAACAUUUCUUUCAAUCUCUCCAAUAUUUCAUCAAAUAUGUUUAAGUGGAUUUGUUACGACUGAUUGGAUUGAAGAAAUGAUCAACAGUAUGAUGACAGAUCAUACAUACGAUUGGCGUGUAAAUGCGUAUAAACAAUUUCAAAUCUUAUCGGAUCUUUGUCAAUUAGCAAAUCAAACAAUUAACAUUGCAUUGAAUCAAUUUCUUUUACAAUCAUUUAUUUCAUCUUCUAUUAUCAAUCAAAUGGAUUUGAAUACACAAAUAUAUACAAGUCUUAACCAAUUUUAUCAAUCAACAACUUAUAAUUUUGCUUUAAUGAAAGAUAUUAUACAAAUUAUUCAACAAGUUAAUCAAUUUCACGAAGGAAUUAUUGUUCAAACACAAGGAUUACAUCCUGAUCCCGCUUUAACGAUGAAUACAAUGAAUAAUAAGAGCGAUUUUAUUUUAUAUGGUGUUGAAGAUAUCAAUUCAGAAUUAAUAACAUGUGUUUGUGCAACAAAUCCAUCUUGUCAAAGAGUAGCAGUUGUGUCUGAUGAUGAUGCUAUUGAUGAUUUUAAUCGCGUCUCUGGAUAUGGAAACAUUCAUAAUCUAUCUGGUUGGAUUGAAAGUUGUCUCGCUCGGAAUUCUAUUCUGUUUUCUUCACUUCAAUGUUUAUAUAAAGAUUCCAAUUGUUUCCUUUUAUUAAUGAGUUAUAUAAGGAAAAUAGAUACGAAUGCAUUAUCACUUUUAUCAUCAUCAACUCGAUUACAACCUUUAGAUUAUAAUCCAAUAAACAGUCGUUUUCCACCGAAUACAACUAUUUCAAUACUUGUUGAAGAAUUGAUGAUUGAACAAUGGAAUCCAAUCUUAUCAUAUGAACAAUUCUAUGAGUCUUGUGCACCGUUAUAUUGUUUGUAUUCACAAAGUGUUCGUAAACAGAAUUUUCUUGGUGUAAUAAUCACAUUAAUAUCAAUGAUUGGCGGAAUUGUAGUAUCAUUACGUAUUUUUACACCUCGUCUUAUCAAAUUUACAUUAAAAUUUUUAGAUUUAUUCAAGAAAAAAUCACAAGAAAUUCAACAUAAUGAUGGUAAUCGAUUAGUGAUGAUGUUAAAUAAUAUUCUUAAAUUCGUACGAACAACAUUUGUUGAAUUGAAUAUAUUUUCAAUACGCGAUUUUGGUAAUAAUAUUGAUCGAGUAACAAUUACACAUUAUGGUCGAUGGGCAACUCGACUUUAUAUUGUUUUGCUUUUAACCAGUCUUACUAUUUUGAUAUUUUAUACAAUUUUUCAAUCACGUCCAAUUACAAACAUUUUUAAUAAACCAUCUUUUAUUUAUUAUAAUUCUUUAAAAGAGACCUACGGUGAUGAAUUAAAAUGUUCAUGUUCACGAAUAGCAUCAACAUAUAAUCAAUUUGUUAAUAUUCAACCAGAAUUCCAUUCGAUUUGCUCAAGUCAAUUUGUUUCCGAUGAAUGGCGAAUUGAUUUAACAAAUGGUCUUGUUUUGAAUCUGUCCGUUUAUGAUAAAAAAGAUUAUCGUCGAUUUCUUUCAGCUCAUUUACAAUAUCUUCAAGAAUUAUGUCGAUUAUCAAUUCAAACAGUGAAUAAUUCUAUAAACAAUUUUCUCACAUCAUUAUUAGUCAGUAAUCAACUUUUAUCUCAGAAUAUUUUUCAUGAUCGUCUCACAACAUUGAUUGAACAGAGUAAAUCAAAUGCUCCGACCUACUUUUCUCAUCUUCUUUUCUUUACUCAAAGUAUUAUUCAUGGCAACGCAUUUGAAUCAGUUUAUGGAUCAAAUUUUGAAUAUAUAUUAACUUCAGAUGACUAUGAUUUACUUAUUUUCUAUACAGAACCUAUAAUCUAUGAUAAUAAUUGUUCGUGUGGUUUAUUUCCAAAUUGUACAACUCAAGCAAGUUUUAUUAAUACGAAUACAUCUGUCAAUGAGUCAAUUAAAGGUAUGAAAAUAGGUUGUACACCAAGUGAAUCACUUCUUGUUUCAACUCUUGAAUGUUUUUAUGAUCAAUCAUGUCUUGAUCUUAUUCGACAAUAUACAAAUUUUAAAAAUUUAUCAGAACCUUUGACAUUAAUGUCGAGUCGAUUUUUACAAAAUACAACUAUUGAUGAACUUAUACAAAAUCUAUUUAUUGAAAAAUGGUCAACAUCUAUGUUUUAUUCAUUGUAUUAUGAACAAUGUUCACCUUUAUUGUGUUCUUUUACAAGUAUUGAACAAUUUAAUGUUUUCUAUAUAAUCACUGUUAUUCUUGGUCUUCAAGGUGGUUUGACCAUUGUUCUUAAAUGGAUUUGUCCAAAACUAAUUCAAAUCGGAUUAAAUAUCUAUGAAAAUCGAAAAAAACGGAUAAAUUCUAUUCGUCCUGUUGUCUUUAUUAAAAAACCAUCUGAAACAAUUGAGAAUAAUGUUAUACCAUCUAAUCGAUCAUUGUUCAAAAUAAUAGGUGUGAUUGUUUCACUAACAUUCAUAUUUGUAUGUGUUAUUAUAUUUUCAAUAUAUUAUGCACGACAAAAUAAGAUUAUGAUGAAUUUGAUGACAAAUGUAUCAAUCAGAAAUAAUUUAAGUACAACAAUGUCCGUACCUUCCAACACAUCAGAACUCGUAUGCCAAUUAAAAGUUAGAUCAAUACCAAUUGAUCCACACUGUUAUCCUUUCGCGAAUUUUGGUCCAUAUGUGAUCGCAGAUUUAAAUAAUGAUCAUCGACUAGAUUUCGUUUUUUCAUGUGAAAAUGGUUUCCUAUUGCAAGUCUUAUUAGCUAACUCUGAUGGUUCAUUUGGAGAUGUAUUAUUCGUUUAUAUGAUUGGAUCUGUACUCAAAAUUUGUGUUGGCGAUGUGAAUAAUGAUGCUCAAGUCGAUCUCAUUUUAGUAAUUAGUUCUAUGGGUCCUGGAAAUGUUUACAUUUUAUUUGGUAAUGGCAACGGAACAUUUCAGACACAAAAUGUUUUAUUGCACAGUAUAACAAGUCGUCCAACUGAUGUUAAUCUUAUAGAUAUUAAUAAUGAUACUAAAUUAGAUCUGAUUAGUGUAAGUCAAUAUAUUAAUGAAGUUUAUGUCUUUUUUGGAAAUGGUGAUGGAACAUUUGCAUCACCAUUAAAAUUAUUCAUGUGUCUUACAAGUGAUGCAAAUCAAUUAGCUAUUUCUGACUUUGAUAAUGAUGGUUAUUUAGAUAUAGCUGCGAUGAAUACUCGUUCACUUCAUAUUCAUGUAUUUCUUCGAAAUACCGAUGGAAGUUUUCAAUCAGAAAAGGCGCUUUACACUGCAUUUGAUACUUUUCAAUUUAAUAUGAUUACUGGUUAUUUUGAUAAUGAUCAUCAAGCUGAUAUUGUUUAUCUUCAUAGUUGGGAAAAUACUGUCGCUAUGUUCUAUCGAUAUGAUAAUAAAACCUUUCAUUUGAAUCAACAAAUUGUUACAGAAACUUCUGUAUCAUUAGAUUCGCGGGCGAUAGUUACAUAUGAUCUAAAUAGUGAUAGUCAUUUAGAUCUCAUUCUUGGUUUACCUUCAUCAAAUGAAAUCUAUGGGCUUCUAGGAGAUGGAAAUGGAAAUUUUCAAACACAAAUUAUUUAUUCGAGUAUAAUUAAUAAUUCUACAGAUGACGUCGAUAUUUUCAAUAAUAAUAUUUGUCAAAAUAUCAUUAAUAUGAACUUGAUGAACAAUAGUCUAUAUAUUCUUUACAAUCCAUGUCGAUGUUCUACACAUCAGACAUCUUGA